AUGGGGUGUGAUUGGCUGCAGUACACGUUUCAGCGGCUUGAGGCGUACAGUGACGUCAUUGUCAACCCGGAAGUUCUCCGGCGCCUGCUGCAUGUAAACACAAGGCAGACGACUGCGGCCUGUGUCUGCGGCCAGUGUGCGGUCAGUGUGCGGCCAGUGUGCGGCCUGUGUCUGCGGCCAGUGUGCGGUCAGAAGAUGCCGUACGUGAGUGGAGAGGACACAGUGAAGGAGCUGAGGCGGGCGCUGUGCAACCCCAAUGUGCAGUCUGACCUCCUCAGAUACCGGAGCACCAUCACAAGAGUCAUACGAGCCAUGUCACAGGGGGUGGACGUGUCAGGGCUGUUUCCAGAGAUGGUCAAAGCCUGUGCCACGGUGGACAUUGUGCAGAAGAAACAGGUCUAUGUGUUUUUGUGUUCGUAUGCCGCACUCAAACCAGAUUUGUCUCUGCUCGUCAUCAACACUCUGCGGAAGGACUGUCAGGAUGCCAACCCCAUGGUGCGCAGCCUGGCUCUGCGUAACAUGACCAAUCUGAGGUUACCAGGUUUGGUAGAGUACGUGGAGCAGCCUCUCUCCUCUGGGCUCCGGGACAGGGCUGCAUGUGUGAGGAGAGUGGCAGUGCUGGGAUGGGCCAAAGUGCACAACCUAGAUCCAGGCGUGGAUAUCGAUCCUGCGGUAGUGAAUGAGCUAUACAGUCUGCUGAGGGACCCGGACCCCAUUGUCAUGGUGAACUGUUUGCGAGCUCUGGAGGAGAUCCUGAAGGAUGAGGGAGGCGUGGCUAUCAACAAGGCGAUCACACACCACCUGCUGUACCGUUUGAAGGAGUGUGACGUGUGGGCUCAGUGCGACGUGCUGAGGGUUCUGGAGCGAUACCCUCCGCAGACAGAGGGGGAGCUGUUUGAUAUGCUGUCGGUGCUGGACCCGUGUUUGGUCAGCUCACACGCUCCGGUCACAGCCGCCACACUGCGCCUCUUCCUUUGCCUCUGCUCCUCACUCCCUGCAGUCUGCUUCUCUGCACUGGAAAGGGUGUGUGGGCCCCUGCUGGUCAUCUGUGGAAGCUCCAGCCGAGAGAUGAGGUUCACCGCACUGGCGCAUAUACAGUUGCUGCUGCAGAGCGAGCCUGGCCUCUUGGGGGCGCACUACAAGCGCUUCUUCUGUGGAUACGCCGAACCCGCCUUCAUCAAACAGAGGAAGAUGCAGAUGCUGGUGGAGCUGGUGAAUGAUGAAAACGCAUGGAUGAUUCUGGACGAGCUCAGAGGUUACUGCACCGAUGUGAAUGCAGACACCGCUCAGGCCGCCAUCUCUGCCAUCGGGCGAAUCGGCAGGAGCUACAGUGAAAAAUGUUUGGAAAUCCUGACUGAACUCCUAGGACUGAAACAGGAGCACGUCACCUCUGCGGUGGUUCAGACUCUCCGGGACCUGGUGUGGACGUGUCCUCAGUGUUGCGAUGCCGUGUGCAGCGCCAUCGAGGGCUGUGAGCAAGCCAUUCAAGAUGCCCAGGGCCGGCAGGCGUUGCUCUGGCUUCUGGGGGAGUACGGCGAGUGCAUCCCUUCUGCUCCGUAUGUUCUGGAGAGUUUCAUCGAUGGCAUUCGUCUGGAGAACAGUGUGUGUGUGAAGAUGGAGCUGCUCUCUGCGGCCGUGCGCCUGUUUGUGUGUCGCCCUGCAGAGACUCAGGACAUGUUGGGCCGACUGCUGCACUACUCUAUCGAGGAGGAGAGCGACAUGUGUGUACGUGACCAAGCCGUGCUGUACUACCGGCUGCUGCACUAUGGGAUAGAAGCGGUGCGUGGGCUGGUGCAGGUGAAGAGGACCGACCCGGACCUGGGUGUGCUCGUCGGACGUCCACAGAUCAGUGUCAGCAGCUGGGCCCAUAGCUUCAACACGCUGCAGCCGCUGUGUGAAGCCGCUACACCAGCAUCAUCGAUCAGGGCGAGUCCUCAGCUUGUGCACACGGCCCUGAGCCGAGAGCUGAAGGCUUGUCCUGAGGAACCACUGUGCACUGAUGCUGAUCAGAGCACUGGGCCCCUGGCUUCAGCAGAUGGGUCGCUGGCUGAAGCUGUGUGUCUUUCAGUGUCUCCAGCCAUCACCCCUGAGAAGUUCCAGGAGCUGUGGUUGCAGAAUGUCCACGCAGACACAGGAGCUCCAAACUCCACUGAGUGUGACUUUUUGCACGUCGAGAAACUACUCCGCUGUCCUCCGAUCCUUGCGCACUCCCCUCAAGGCCUCAAAGUUGCGCUGCAGCUGGUCAAUAUCCAAAUGCUGGCUUUCACGCCGGCCCACAGCCAUCCCUGGAAGUGCUACUUGUACACACACACACAGAGGUCCUCGCCCUCCACUCACAACACGCUCAUCCUCGGCCAGCUGCUGUGCUCCGGCCACACGGACGCAGACGAGGGAGACCAUGCAACCGCCCGAGGGACAUGUGGUGUGAAAGUGACGCUGAUGCAGAAGCCCAGAGAUGAAGCAGCUCUGGGGGGGUUUCUGUCCAUCCUGUGCAAAGUACUGAACACGCUCACUAUUCUUCGUGAGAGUGGCACAGAGGACACAGCGGAUCUGUCAGAAAGAGAAAAAAGUCUUCCAUCAAAUCUGAGUCUAUCAUGUUAG